GUCUACACUCCGUCAUCUGGCGCCAUUGAUGCCGGGUGGACUAUGAUGUAUUUUAGUUAUGGGCUCAAAACUUGAGUUUAUGUCUUCAACUGAUGAGGAGGAAGAACUAAAGAAAAGGGGUUACAGUCUUGGAACUCUUCUUGGGGAGGGUUCUUAUGCUAAAGUGAAAAGUGCGCACUCGGAGAAGAACCAGAAAAGGGUAGCGGUAAAAAUAAUCAACAGAAAGAAAGCCCCUAGAGAUUUCCGAGAGAAAUUUUUACCUCGGGAACUUGCCAUUCACAUCACUUUGGAACACCCUCAUAUUGUUCAAUGUUUUGAGUUACUGGAAUUCCAUAACAAGGUAUAUAUAAUAAUGGAGUAUGCUGGUCACGGAGAUUUAUUGGAAUUCAUCAAACUUCGCGGGGCGAUAGAGGAGGACAAAGCAAAGCUCAUGUUCCGACAGGUCUGCUCAGCGGUGGAUUACCUCCACCAAAACAACAUUGUCCACAGAGAUAUGAAGUGCGAGAAUCUUUUGCUGGAUGGUCUUAACAACAUCAAAGUUUCUGAUUUCGGCUUCUGUCGGAAGAUCGAGCCCGGAGAUAUAUGUAAAACCUUCUGUGGAAGUGCUGCUUACGCCGCCCCGGAAAUUCUUCAGGGAAUCCCCUACCACGCCCCUUUUCAUGACCUCUGGAGCAUGGGGGUAAUACUGUAUAUCAUGGUCUGUGCCUCGAUGCCUUUUGAUGAUAGCAACAUCAAGAAAAUGGUACGAGAACAAUUAGAGAGAAAAGUGGGAUUCUCUAAAUCCAAGAAAUUAACAGCAGAAUGCAAGGACCUGAUUCACCGGAUUCUAGAAGUAAACGUCAAACGGCGAGCCACCAUAGCGACCGUGAUGGACCACCCAUGGAUGCAAGAGAAAAAAGCCGAGCCGGAUACAGCGGCCCUGAAGGCAAAGGACAGGGAGGCCAAAAUGGUGGAAGCGUCCGAGACCCUGAAGUCCAAGUUGGCCGGGGCCAAAUGUUGUGAUUGAUGCGGCCUUACUAUAUCUAGAUUUGUUAGAGUUAAUUUUCACCUUCUGUUUAUGAAAUUCAGAUAUUUUAUCAUUAAUUGUGUGUUGAUUUCUGUUUUAUUUAUCACAAACAAUGUAACAAUAAAAAACAUUUAAACAACAUAAAUAAAUAUUACCUUAGUAAUAAACAAAUCUCGUUGUAACAAUAAGUCAAUAAUAAAAUUUUAAACAGUC